AUUGAGGUGAAUGAGGAUUCCAUUGUCAGAGUGAAAAAGAGUUUAAGGCUUAGAGUGUCGUGUGCAGUGUCUCAGAAGACGAUCUUGAGGAACUUUGAAACAAUUAAAUUACGUUAAGAUGAUCCGGUUGUAUUUUUUAUAGUGUCGUUUAUCAGUUAGUAAUUAAUAGCGCUGCAUAGUUUCUUCGGACGACAAUUCAAAAAUUAGUCUCAAAAUUUAGUAUUACGUUUUUUAGAUGUCUAUUUAAGGAUAAAAAUUUUAAGAUUACGCAAUUUUCUCGUGAAAACGAGGCUUUUGGCCCCCCUUAACAGACCAUAAUUCAAUUUUAAGCAUUUAUGCGCAAAAAAUAUGCUUAAUUAACUGUAAGACUUUAACUUAUUUCCAUUUCAGCUGUUUUUUCAUUGAUUACUUUCAUAUACGUAAAAACGAGACUUCAAACACGAAAAAGAGGCUGAUGGCCCCCAAAAUCCCCGUAUAACAUUGAUUUUCGAAAUCAUCACGCUUGAAUUAACCAAAUGAACUUGGUCCCAUAAAUUUCGCUCUCGAGCGACCAUUCCCCUUUUCUCCGCUUGGUUUUUUUCAAUAACAAAAAUUAUUUUAAAAUUAAUCAAAGCUGGGACUAAUAAGCAGCUGCUAAAAGAGUGCAAUCGCAGAAUAACAAGCAAAAUAUGGCAAAUAAAGGCAUCAUUGCAUGUUAUUAAACUUUACGUAUUUCAAUUAUGUCAAAACAUAACAGCCUGCUGUUAAGUUCAAGUCAAUACGACUGACAGUUAUUAAGCCGCAAAAUUUGCAAAUUGAAGCUGAAUUUUUCAGCAGCAAGGGUAAAGUAUGAGGAAAAAAACGACAAAACACUCGACAGGUGGCAAUCUACUUGCUAAAACCAUUCAACAAAAACCGCUUUGUUUAAUAAUUGAAGAUGAAUGAGACGAGGAUUAAAAUUUCAUAAUUUAUAAGACCUCUUGCCUCAUGAAUAUUCACAUUUUUGUAUUCGACAUUACUGAGAAGACCCUUCAGGGUAACGAACGCAUAAAAUGCCGAUUAAAGUGUGUUAAAGAGGCAAGAAAGAAAAAUUUUCCAUGGACAUGCCAAAACAACAUGCUUUUGAGCAGAAGGUAAAACUUUUAAUGCGAUCCAACUACGAAGAUGAAAAUGAUAAAGACACUACUAAAAAACAGCACAAAUUUGAUAGCGUUAACAGCGUUGAACUUGGUUUAUACUUUUGCUGGGGCAAUACUUUUCAUUGAGCUAGAAGAAUGCCUUCCUCGAGGUGUGACGAUAGGCCAAGAGGAAGUUAAUUUCAUGAGGUACUUGAAGGGUAUUGAAAACAUGACUGCAGAGGAACAUGAAAGCAUUAUCAAUGUUUCAACAAGCUUUUUCAGGCAUGCAAGCAGACGCACAUGCUCGUUCGGGCAAAAGAUGAUAGUGAAAUGGUGGGAGUUUACAAUUGUAUCGAGCUCGACAGUAGGGUUUGGAAACACCACUCCAAAAACGUCUUUGGGAAAAGUAGCAAUGAUGCUUUACGCUGUGAUGGGAAUCCCUUUGGCAAUGGCAUUGUAUGCAGUGGCAGGAGAGCUUGUGAUCAAGUUCAACAGUUUUGUCAUAAACUUUAUUGAAUCAAAACUGCUGAAGAGAUUGAAUGUUCAGAAUACGAAAAAGAAAAGAACCGCAUUAACAGUCACUGCGCUCAUACUCUGUAUUCUGACAGCUUCCUUGUUAAUGUCGAAGAAAAACAAAAAUUUAUCUUUCAUUGAUUCCCUGUACUUUACAUUCCAAACUGUCACAACUAUUGGUUAUGGUGAUAUAAAGUGGCAGCAAGAGCGUACAAUACAGUGGAUUUUGUUCAUCUUCAUAUUUGGUUCAUUUGCCAUGGGCCUAAUUGCCUCGCUACUUUCGGGAGCAUCAUCUACCAUUCAAACUCUAAGUAUUCGAAAAAAGCGCAGGAACUCGCGAAAGAGAAAUGUCAAAGGAGCUGUUGCCAACGAGAGUUUUGAAGCAAACCAGGAAUGUAGGUGUAACGGUGAUUCGCAUCAGUCGGUCGAUGAAAAUGACAUUCAGAUGAAAUUCACAGGAAAACAAAAAAACAGAUAAAAAAAGCCGGCAUUGACAACGGUGAACUGCAAAACGAUCAUUGAAUGUAAAACAAAAUCUUAUCUUAUAAGAUUGAUUGGCGGAGAUAGUUAAUGUGAAGUUUUUUGAAUUUUAUACGACACCAGCGUUGGAAGGAGACAACCAUCGUCUUUAUCACGAAGUCUAAUGCAAUGCUUGCAAAAAAGUAGUUUGAACGCCUAAACAGUUUCAGUCAGUUCUCCAUCUGGUUCAAUUUACGCCUUUAGAAAUAGCUACGCUGCCCCAUUUUCCAAAAAGAAGUUUUAGGGUUAGACUUAAGCCAUCUCAGUUACAAAACUACAGGUUACCUUUAAAAAAAUGUGUUUCUACGGAGAAUAUUACAAAAAUGUGAAAGACACCGCUAAUGUGAAAGACAAAUUGCUGUUGGUGUUUCAAGACUUUUGGCAGGCACUGUACAUCCCUACAAGGACCGAGAUAUAGGGGGGGGGGGCACUGUACACCCCAAAAAUUUUAGUUCCAUAAGUAAAACACUUUCGUAUUACUAUUUAGUACUUUGAGAAAUACGAUCAAAAGGGUUAAAAAUCGCUGCACAAGUUAUAAUAGUUCUGAAGCUGUUACUUGUAAUGCCUGCGACCAAUGCUGUUUCUAAAAGAAGUUUUUCCGGACUACGGAGAAUAAAGACAUAUUUACGUACAAAUAUGAAGCAGUCAAAAUUGAGUCAUUUGAUGACAUUACAUGUGCACAAGGAAAUAACAGAACAAUUGAUAUCGGUGGCAAAUGAUUUUGUUUCUUUAAAUGACAAAAGAGAUAAUCAUCUGGGUAAAUUUUCACCCAGCGAUUUGUCACAUUUGUUGAAAGAUUGAUCUUUAUGUAUAGUAUAACUAUGGUAAAUUAAAAUCUUAUUCUUUAGGACUUCAAGGGGAUAUGGUUCCACAAAAUCUGUUUCACUUAGCGAAUGCCCCAGUUAACCAAAACUUCGGGUAAAUGGGGGCAAGGACGAGCAUUUGCUAUUAAAAACCACUAUUGAGUUAAUAUUGGCGGAAAUAUCAUUUGCACAUUUCAAAGGAAUUAAUUCCCAUGAAUACUGCAAAAGUUUCACUUAUCGAGGUCCCACUCUUUCCAACGUCGUUUGGAUACUUACAUUUUUAUAAGAAAGCACUUAUAAACUCCAAUUCUAAGAACAAAUCAUUUUAGAGACUUUUUGUCGUAGAUCUUUUAGUCUAAGAAAUCUAAUGGUAUAUCUUUAUUUAAGAUCUGAUAUUUCUUAGAAACUCUCAGUACAGGUACAAUUAUGUACCUCCCUAUAGGAAAUAGCUGUUUUGCCACAUAUUUUUAAAAAAAAAUUUUUUUGUUUAAUUUUGUUUUGUUGGAAGUCGGUGAGGUUACUUAUUAAUCAUCAAUCUUUUUGUUGUUUUGUUGAAAAUAUUACCACAUAGUUAAGCAGAUAUUAAUGAUAUUAAUGUUUUAGAUUUUUUGGUUUGCAGAUAAGGAGUCCAGUUUUUGCUGCCUUAGUUCGUCACACUUAAAAUAUUGAUCUUAAAAUGUGUGGUCAUUUAACCUCUUUAGAAAAAAAAAAUUUUCAGUAAUAAAACUUUUCUCACAACCAAAAUUAAUUUGGUUUGGCACUGUCGGUGACAGCUAUUGUUAUAUAUAUUCAGCAGGGAUCCCCUAGGACCGUCAAAUUUGCCGAAAAAUAAUCGUUUAUUUGCUGACAGGUUUGAAAAUUUGCCAACCAGGCAUCUCUUGAUGGCAAAAUCUCUACGCUCUUGAAAUAUGAUUUUUUUAAGGUUGUCUCACACCCUUCACGUCCCCUUUCAUGUCGGCCAUGCUGGCCCCCCCCCCCUAACAAAAAGUUGUAUCUCGGUCCUUGCAUCCCUAAACAGAACAUUCGGCCCUUGCAUCUCUUGCCUCACGUGUGGAGCCUUGUCAUCCAUAAAACGUUUUCAUUAGAUCAGCAUUGCUGUCAAAAACUCAGACAAACAAACAAUAAACACCAUAAUAUUCAAUGCAGAGCUUCAAAAAGACCAAUUUUAAAGCUUAUCAAAAUUCAGAAAAAGAAUAUCAAGAUACGGUGUGUAUCAGAAAAGAAUCAACACACUAUGCUUCGAAGAAAUAGUCAAAUGGUUGAUAACAAGGUUUAAAAGGGGUGCCAUAAAGUAGGUUUGGUAGUUUCAAAAGAUAAAAAAAUAAUUGUAGAUGGGUAAGCAAGUAGAAUUUUCAAGAUAGACCAGAAAGUGAUGUAUCUUACUUUCUUUGAAUUACAUUAGGUUGACAUCUAACUAUCUUUAAAACUGUAAAAAAUAAUCAUAUCUAAACGAAAUAUUCAGGUAUAGAUGGAGUAUAAAUUUGAAAAAGAUGCUUAUAGAUUUACCUCAAAGAUAUGUUUUUGAGCAAAAGCUGCAAAACUUUAUCAAUCUGAAUUGCAAGUUCACGUGUUGGGGUGAUGAUGACAGCACCUAUCUGUGAAAUACAAACAAAUACAAUGAUAUCCAGAUUUUCUAAACACCCAAACCUGCUAAACAAGUUCUACGAAAAUCAUCUUAGUUCAACAAACCCACUUUGUCUAAAAAAAAUUUAAAUGUUACCAACAAUUUUUUAACAAUUUUUUUGCGGUACAGAAUUUGAAAAUGGCUUUGAAAAAAGCAAACAUUUUACAACAUACUUAAAGCUUUUUCGUCUGACACUCCUCAGAGCAUAAAACGUCAGAAUAGGUUCCGAAAAAACAUGUUUGAAAAAUAUAUACCCAGUUGUGGAUCGAAAUAGGCCAAUCAGAAAAACGCAAGCACAAGACCGGUAUAGUUGACCAAUCAGUGCCGCGAGCCUAAAGAAAAAUUACCAAUGGAGUCCAAGAGAGAAAACGAACUCCUUUUGUCUACACAAUGGCGGCUUUUUCGUUUUUAUGUAGAUUGAAUCCAAAACUGCUAGAUGGAAGGACGACCGGGCUCUGCCAAUUAUCCGAAACAUGUCGUCAUUAUAGAGUUUUGCACAAUCUGGGUUGUCUAAAAGAUGUUGACCAAUGGCAGAAUCACUUGUUUUAACAGUGUUUCUAGACCUACUAGAUCGAGGAGGCUGUUCUCUUUGAGGGGCAGUUUUGUUUCGUAUGUUGGAAGGAACAUGCUGUUUUAUCCUAUCCCCCAAUCUUUGGGUUGUGCGCCCUACGUAGCCAGAAUCACACUGGCACGUAAAUUCAUAAAUGACGGAACUUUUUUGUUUGGUAGGGACGCAAUCCUUUUGAAUGGAUGGAAGGGCUCUCCUAGUGCUGUAAACAAUCCGAGGAUUGACAGCAAAGAAACAAUUGGUUAUGGCUUGCCUAAUCUGACUCUCGAAUCGCAAGGAAGUGUUUCCAAUCCAUGGUAGUUU